AUGUUUAGAAGAUCUGUUGGACAAUUGUUCAAGAGAACGUAUACUCAGACAAAGUUUGUGACGAAUGCUCCUAGAAGGAGAUGGAUUCCAUAUACUGUAUUUGGGGUCAGUUUCUUUAGCGGAUGGUUACUAACCCAACAUAUGACAUACACCGACCUGGUAGCAUAUUGGAGAUACGAUAAGCUACCUUCGGACAGCGAAGAAGUUAAUAAAUACAAAUUAAAUUUGACCAACAGACUAAUGAACUUAGACGUUGUCAAAGGACUUGAGGCUAAGGGGUACCAUGAAGUUUUCCCAGUGCAAUACAAAGAAAACAGCAGUUCUGUAGCUAAUUCGAAUAAGGACACAACCGAGGGCAAAAAAUUAAUAUCGGAUACUUUAAGUGUUCCUGGUGCCAUUGCUAUUCCACCUAAGUUCUAUUACGACCCAAAGACUAAAGAGACGAUUGGAAUAUACCACCUGGGCAUGAAAUUGACUGGGUAUCCGUUCUUGAUCCACGGUGGGAUCCUUGCCACUGUUAUCGAGGACCAGAUGAGAGAGAGUGUGAAACUGAUCAAGAACAAGGUACCAAAGGGCAUAAAGGACAUCACGGUGUCUUACAAGCUCCCAACUUUAGCCAAUCAAUUCGUUGUAGUUCGCACCACCAAAGUCGAAGAGUUCGGCAACAACAUCAAAUUAUCCAUUGAAAUGCUUGACCAGACUGGAGAGAGAAAGCUCGUGUCAGCUCGCGGGACCUUCUCGACUUGA